AUGCCAAAUUUUCAAACUAUAAGCAAUGCUAUCAAAAAGUUUAAUGUUUACACUAGACCUGUUAGUUUAUUGCUAUUAAAAGAAUAAGGUCAUAGAACUUAUUUAGGAGUUUUUCUCACGUCAAUAUUAAUGAGUCUGGUAGUUUUGGUUUAUUAUAGUGGUCUUGAAUCACUUAUUAUUAGAAAUAAUCCAAAUGCAAUUAGUUAUACAACCUAUGCUGAACAUUAAAAACCAUUCUAUUUGACUCCUUAAAAUUUUAGCAUUGCCAUAGCAUAAAAAGGUUAUGAUCUUAAAGCUUCUUACAUACUAGAAGGUUCAAUAGGAUAAAUUGAUGGGUAAUAAUAUAUUUUAAAUCAAAAAUAGACUGACCAUACAAGAAAUUCCUUUGUCUAAAUGUAUGGAUUUCUAAUUUUAAGAUUCCACUUUAAAUGAUUAUUUUGAUAAGAGUGAUCAAAUAUGGUAUUGUAUUGAUUGGAAUUCUCUUGAUUCAAUUGUAUUAGAAGGUGGUUUAGAGUCUUCGAAAGAUAAAUCAUUAUAAAUAAUAGUUAAAUAGUGUACUUCUAAGUAAAACAUUAAUUUCAAUCAUUAGUUUACAGUGCACUUAUCCUAAUUUUUAAGAUAGUGAUCAGUUCCUUUUGAAAAUUACAUCUGCAAACACUGACAUUACAAAUUUUAAAACUCCUGCAUCUAUAAUAGGAAAAACCUUUUCUCUCACUUCUUUAUUAAAUUUUACUAAGAAACUUAGCAUUAUAAUGUAGCCUCAAUUAGUUCAAUCAGAUAAUGGGUAUAUUACAUAAGAUUAAUCGCAAUAAAGUGUGUUGUCUAUAUAAAAUUAUUAUGAAACAAUUUAAGAUAAAACUUAAGAGCAAUAAAUAUUUCAGAUUAAUAUAUCUUUGGAUUAGAAAACAUAAGUAAUUCAGAGAUCAUAUCCUAGAGUUUAUUAAUAUUUAGGAGAUAUUGGUGGAUUUUGGGAAAUAAUAUAUUUAUGUAGUUUAUUAUUCAUAAUGCCCUUUAAUAAUUUAUCUUAUAGAGUAGCUUUGCUUAAUGAAUUAUUCAAUUUCGAAAUGGAUUAUGAUAGUAAGGUACAUCCUGAGAAUAGAGGUAAAAGUAAAGUAAAAGAGAUUCUGAAUAAAUCAGUUUAAUUAGAGAAAUUUAAUAGAAUGUCAAAAGUAGCUGAACAUGAUGUGUAGUAGAAAUCAAAAUUAUUAGAUUAGAUUUCUAGUGAUAUAACUUAAUUUUUCAAAGAAUAGGAAAGUCGUUUAGAACUUCAAUUUUUCGAUUAUUUUGGAUGUUGUUAAUGUAAGAAAGGGGGAAAGAGAGAUUUAAUAAAUUUUUCAAUGGGUAAAAUUACACACACAUUAGAUAUUACUUAUAUAAUCAAGAAAUUAUAGGAAAUAGAUAAAUUAAAAUUAAUUUUAUUAAAUUCAGAUUAAAUAAAGCUAUUUGAUUAUUUACCUAAACCUAAGUUAGGUUUACAUAUGAAAGCAAGUGAAAAUGAAUAUUGUUCAAUAUUAAAACCUGAAUAAUCAGAUUUAGACAAAGCUUUAGAAGCUUAGAAAGCAUUUUAAUAAUUAUAAGAUUAAGAAGAUGAAAUAACACCAAAAUUAGUAAAACUUUUAGAUGAAGAUUUAGUAGCUUUAUUUAAAUUAUAAUUAAAUAAGGGAGUUAAUAGAUCUUUAAAGAAAACAGGAUAAUUGGCUGAUGCUGUGUAAUAGUUAAUUUUAAUGAAUGCAAAAAAUGUGUAAGAAAAAGGUAAUAAGAAGAAAAAAAAGAAGAAGAAUAAUAAUAAGGAAUCGAGUAAUUCGGAUAAUUCUGAUUCUUCAGGUUCUGAAAAUUGA